UUUUCCGUGAAACUGUAUGCUAAAGGUUUGAGCUGGUGUCUUAGUUCUGCUUCAUGCAGUUUUAAACAUAUAAAUUAACAUCCAGUAUCAAAUAACAAGGGGUUUAGGAGAUUAUAGAAUUGUAAGGGAUUACAAGUCUUUUAACUUCUCGUCUAGAAUGCAUAAUUCCGUUGGCAGGGUGUUGUUUGGUAGUAGGUUGGACUUGAGGAUCUCAGAUGACUUGCCCAACCUAUUUGAUUCUUUGAUCCUGUAACUGCAUGCAUGCAUUAAAUUCCUCUAUGUAUUCACAUAGCUGAUAGUGUCAUGCAAAACUGGGGCAGAAAUUAAGCAGAGUAAUAUUUCUAAGUGGUAAUUUUAGCCAUUUGACUUUUAUUCUGCUCAUACACCAUGGCCUCUUAGCUGCUUUCCCAAAAGUAUACAUACAGUUUUGAUCUAAAUAUCUUCUUCUGACAGUAAUUUAAAGUGUUAACUGUGUGUUCAUAAAAAAUUACUCGGAUAAUUUCCUUAAAUUAAGCAUGUCUACAAAAUUCCAUUUUGAGGCUAUGGACAGAGAUUAUGGUCAGUGUUUUAUCUCAUGUAAAAAUGUAAUGGGAAACCACAACUCAAAGCUGGAUUACUCUAUCAGCUAUUGUGUUUUAUGUAAAACCCACGUAGAACUUCCCUUCAUGAUGUUAACUGUACUGACCACACAGAGGUUUAUAAGCAUUUUUGUGUGAAUUAUUCCCCACUUUUCUGUUUUAGCAAGAUUGUAAGCUACACAAAUGCUUUCUGAGAUUUAUAGGUUGUGAUAUUUUGUAAAGAGCCUGAAAAGCAUCAUUUUUCAGGGAGAAAAAAAAAAUUUUUAGUAUUACCUGAAAAUUUAUACUUUCAGAUUAUUUUCGUUGGCCAGAGUUUUGCCUUUUCUGGUCUGAUUUCCCUCAUGAUCUGCAGAAUAAUUUGGGGAAAUUCUGUUGUACCUGGGAAUGUGAGUUGAUUUUUACACAGGCAACACUCAUUUUUGUCUCAAAAGGAGGCUGAAACAGACGGUUUAAAAAGAGCAGUUGGACAUAGCUCUUGACUAAGGUCAACCUGAAGAAAGUUUUGCAUCCUGUUCUUCAUUCUGGCUCAAGAAACACAUGCUAAUACUACCCAUAGCAAAAGUGUAAGCCUAACAAAGAACUGACAUCAACCUCUGUUGCUAUAUGAAUUUCUAGAUCUGUCUUUAUCUAUUCACUAGGGUCACUAAGUGAUGGGGUGGAAUUUAAAAAGAGAUCCCUGAAUGCGACUCAAAAAUGUCUCAUGAGGUGGGAAUCUUCUAGGCACAAGAAGAAAUCUAUGAAAAUGGAUUACACUACCAUUGAAAUGCAGUUGUGUAGAAGACUGGAGCAGUUGUUUUUGGACUUUGUGUUUUAUUAUUUUUUAGGAUGGAACAAGUGGUGUAUGGUAUUUCCUGCACUGGACUGGGCAGGCUGGAUUCAGAAAGCACAGAGGCUCAGCCCUGAGGUAUAGACCGUAGACAUUUCCUACUGGAGUAAGGCACCUGUGAUGGAAAAAAAACUGUUCUCCUAGUCACAGAGGAAGUUUGAUUCUGAUUACUGGUGUGCUUUCUAAAGAACAGCUGACGAUACAAAGGACAAUGCACAGUGUGUAUCCUGAUGAUAUUUUGUGUGCUGCAACAUGGUUCUUGUCAUGGCAUCUGAGACUGAAAAGGCCCAUGCUCUUCUCCAGACUUUCAGCACAGCAUCAGUUAUUUCCAGUCUAGGUUUGGGGAUAUUCUGCUUUGUAGCAGACAGACUCCUGCAGUUUUCCUUCAUUCAGCAAAAUGACUGGCUCCGAGCCUUAUCUGAUAAUGCAGUGCAUGGUAUACUGGGGAUGUGGUCCUGGGCAAUAGUGAUUGGACUCAGGAAAAAAAGUGACUUCACUGAGGUCACUCUGGCUGGUUUCCUUGCCUCUGUCAUUGAUGUGGACCACUUCUUUCUUGCUGGAUCUCUGUCAUUAAAGGCUGCUCUGACUCUUCCACGGAGACCACUUCUUCAUUGUUCUACUGUGAUUCCUGUGGUGGCUCUGACAUUAAAGUUUAUCAUGCAGCUUUUCAGGCUUAAGGACUCGUGGUGCUUUCUUCCAUGGAUGUUGUUCAUAUCCUGGACUUCUCAUCAUGUCCGUGACGGGGUUCGUCAUGGCCUCUGGAUCUGCCCAUUUGGAAAAACUCCUCCCUUGCCAUAUUGGCUGUAUGUGGCAAUUACAGCAUCUUUACCUCAUCUAUGUUCAUUUAUUAUGUAUUUAACGGGCACUAGAGAAUUAAUGUCCAUAAAACAUGGAAUCCGUAUUGAUGUAUAGGAAUAAUGGCUUUUUAAGGUUGUUUGUGCUAGCACAUGGAAUAACCUACCUGUCUGUCACUGAAGGGUUUCCUUGUGUUUCCUACACCUCCUGAAUUAGGCAUUUUAAGGUUGUGGAGCCAAUUACAGCUCUUGUGUCAAUUCCUUGUGGCCAUAGAACCUAUUUAAUGAAUGAUAAUCAUUUUAUAUGUGUACAUUUUCCUUGUACAGUGUGUGGUCUUCCAUGAUAGUUCAUGCAUAGCGAGCUGAUUAUAAAGUACUUAGAUCUUCUCUGUAGUAAUUACAUUACAUUUUACUGUUAUGGUGCCAUUCAUUUGAUCACCAUUCACUUUGGAUUUGUAUCCUGCCUCUGGAGAAUACAUUUCAUCCAGAUAGUAUUUGUAUAGCACUUUAAAAAUGUGAAGUUCUAUAUAAAUGCUAGGUAUUAAUGAGGAUUUAAUAAUGUAUGGCAAUUCUAAAAAAAAUCCCUCAGCCUUUCAAAUAUAUCAAUAUGUUAUCAGUCCUGCUAGAUUCUUGUAUUCAAACAUUUUAAAAGAAAUACCACGUGUAUUUCAUACUGUCUAUCCACACCUCUUUGAACCUGUAAUCACAGAGUAUUUUACUAAAUUCUACAUCUCCCUGUAGUUGCAUGUUGCUAAAUUUGCAGAUAAUUACUAGCUUCAAAAUUAGAAAGCAGUAGACAGUUUGGUUAUAGUAUUAUGGUGUGUUGGCCAAAUUGUUUAAUUUUUAAAAAUACACUAAUUAUGAAUACUGUUUAAUUUGGAACCAAGGAAUUUUAGUAAAUAUUUAAGAAUUGUGUGAAGAUUCAGGGAGACACGGAGAAAAUAAAAAUUGCUUGUAACACAGGUUUGCUUAAAGACAUUACUACUCAGUAAAGCAUUUUCUAUUAAGUGCAGUAUCAUCCUCAUAAGUGUAAAAUAAAAUGCAUUAUUAUUAUUACUGUUAUAAUACAGAAAUAUAAAUUUCCUCAUAAAGAAGAUCCAUAAGGAAAGUGUUAUUAUGCUGCAGUUUAUGAGGUAGUAAUUUGCACUAUGGACUAUUCAAUUCUCAUUUAUAGACAUCUCUCAGAAAGAGUCCCAAAUUAAAAGUUGUCUGGUCUUGUCUAACUCGACAAGACUGUCUAGACUUGUGUAGUUUAUGAUGUACAGGCUGAGAAUGUCUAUAAAUAAUUUUUAAAUUUUUUAUUCACUGCCCAUUAAAGAAAUGGGGCCUUAACUACUCCAGCUUGUGAUGAAUAGCUGUCAAAGGGGAUCAUUUUUAUGGAACUGCAUGUAUAAGGUAGCAUGUAUUUAACUUAGGUUACCAAGUGUUGUAAGGGUUUACAUAAUGUGAACAUUUACAUUAUUAAAUGUAUAUUAGAAUAAAGUGUAAAAAAAAGUAUUAAAUGGCAUGCCUGUCGUAAUGAAUACCAGAAACUUUCUGUGGCUGCAGAAUACUUAAGGCUCUUUGCAGCACUCUAUGCUAAUCAUGGAAAAUGGUGCACCUCUUUAAGGCGUGUCUUUAUGCCAAAAGAAUAAUCCCAGUCCUGUCUGUUCUUCAUGUUAGAAAUGUAUGCCAGUGAAAACUUGCCUGAUAGUACAGUGGGCCUGUCUAGCCUUUAUUAUAAAAUUAUUAGAAAGUUUCUUUGUUGGAAAGAUUGGAAGAGCAAAACAUUCCUUAGAGAGUUAUUCUCAUGCUGUGGAUUUCUGUCCUUUAUAGAGUUUUCGAGAAAUAGCAUAAGAAGUGUCUUGCUUUAGAGCCCUCAGAUCAAAAUUGUUUUUCAUCCAAAGGCAUGAUGGUUUACUAGAGGAGCAUUGCUCACUCAUUUACUUCUAUCCUGUAUGUUAAACUGCAGGCUACAGAAUGCCAAUAAUGAAUAAAUUUUGUGCAAGGGGUUAGCACUGAAGCCCAUGUAGAAAAUUUUCUGUAUUCUUGUUUCAUGGUAUAAUAUUUGUAUGAUUUUGUGCUUUAUCUAGAUUAUUGGCAAAGGGAAAUGUAUAUAGGAACAAGGUGUAGAAUUACACUUUCUCACUUUCAGACUGUAGCUGUAGCAUUUCUGGAAACUGUAUGUCUACCCACAGUCCUUAAGAUCAGUACUCUACUGUUCUAGUUAUGUUUAAGGACCAGUUAAUGGGUACAUCUUCAGUAGUUUAAAACUAUGUAUUUUAAUUCUCAUUAUGUCUAGAUCUAGACACAGCAAUAGGUGAACCCCAGUCAGACACAUAUUACGGAAAGUAGCAAGUACUUUGUACCAUGACUUCUUCCCCUGCAGAUAGACAUGGCAGUCUCACAACUCAACCUGACAUUUAGGCAGUUUUAGCUGAGGCCACCGGCAACUUUUCAAGGUAAACUGACAUGUGGCAUGUACUGCUGUAAUUUGUGGGUGCCAGGGUAGAGUACAAAGGGGAAGUUAGGUGUUUCAGCCUGUGUGUUGUGGGCAGAGUGGGAGCUACAGAGAUUAUAGAGAAGCCCCCCCUCGUUGAGUCACAAGGCACAGACAGUACCCUCUUGCUUUCUAAACUCCUCAUAGAGGCCUCUGGGUGCAGCUGGAUCCAGCCUUAGCCCAGACCCUGUCAGUGGUUUAUGCUGAUGGAUUAAUUGAACCUUUUCACAGCUUUGUCCCACAAGAUUAAGGAUGACAAACCAGAAGUACUUACAUAAAAAUAAAUCAGAGUUAUUAUUAGAGUUAUAACUUACUAUGAUAAUGAUGAGACUAAAAGAUCUUAAUAAGAAUUAUUUACUGCACAGUGUAGGUAGCUAUAACUACUAGUCUAGUUCAGUCCACUAUUUUUGAAGCAAUAUUGAAGCAAUUAUAUCCAAGGGAGCAAAAGAAAUUACAAAGUAGAGAUUGAUUUUACUCACCCAUACCAAUGACUGUAGGCAAAUCUCUUUCUCUCAGCUUUGAGGUGUAACCUUGAAGCAAAUCCCAAUUCAAGGAAGGAAUCUCCAGAAAGAUUGUUGGAAGACCCUCCCCUCUAAUUAAUACAUGUGAAAAUUUCCAGGCCAGCUGUGUCAGUUCAGCAUCUUCAGAUAAGUUAGCAGUACUAAUAGUACCACUUGUUUGUUGCUUUAUCCAGUACUUUACCAGGUCUGCCACAGCUUCACCUUUCUGUCAAGAGUGUUUAGCUCUGGGAUUGAUAUGUCAGGCUGGUUUCAGCAUUAUUGAGCACCAAAAGCACCAGGACAACCCCCUCCUCAAAUCACAACUGAUAACUUCGCAAACAGGGCAUUAUUCCUGCUGUUUUACUGCCAUCCAGGCAGAGCAUCCUGCUACACCUCCUCACCCAGCAUGUGCCUGCUACAGGUAAAUUGCCCAACUAUUCUUUACCAGUAUUUCAUGUGCAUUUCAAAUUCACUGAUGUUUCCAGCUAUGCAUCAACACCAUGUCUAGCAAAACCAUAACAAAAAUAAACCAAGAUACUAAAAGUAUAAUGACUUUGUGCUUUACUGCAUGCAUUACUAUAACGGGUAAAUGUAAAAUACAAAAAGCAGGUGAAGUGCGCACAACAUGGCUUGCAAAGUCAAGCUAAUGAUGUUGUGCACAAUGUAGGAUACAUAGAUAGGUAUGAUACAUAUCACUAAAAUAUUAGGCUUUUCAGCAAUUCUUUUAAUAUACCAAUCUAAAAAUUUUCCAUGUAUUUUCAAGUUGAACUUAAAAAAUUGAACAAAGUGUUGGGUUUUUGUGACUUACUUUGUUAGAACUGUGCUGCUUUUUUUUUCUUGCUUUGAUGGAUUUCUGCUGUAAAAAAUAGGUAGUAAUAGCCCAAGUUAAAGAAAGAUGUUAGACUGUUUCUUCUCCCCAGUUGUGGAGAAAUAAGAUAAAAUUCCUCCUAAUUGCCUUGUGGCCUUAACAGAUGUGUGAACAUUUCCUAUAGCUUUGUAUUCUACUUGAAAAUCAAAUCUGUAUUUUCACCUGAUUGUUGGUAUCACUUUUUACUACAGUGCAGUAUAUAUUAUAUCAUGUGCCCUUAAUUAGAUAUUGGUAAGUGAAUUACUCAUAAUUGAUCCCAUGUCCCAAGGAAAAUGAUGCUAAGUAUAUUGACUUUCUCUGCUAAUGGAAAUAAAGUUCCACAAAGAGAGAGAAGGGGUUAAAAUUCAGUCUGAAGGACAUGUUAGUACACAGUUAAUUUUGGACACAUGCGUUUUUAUUCCAUUACUGUUAGGAUGAAGCUAAGUGAUGAAAUGCAUCAGAAGAGUACAUGUCUGUUUGUGUAAUUGAGCCACUCUAUAUUCUGUCAAUUAUACAAAUUUAUUCAGGACAGAAGAAAUCUUGUAUUCUCAAUGUUACAUGUUGUGAGCUUUGAUCAGUUGUUACUUUUGAGCCCACAAACUAAGUUUUGUUUCCCUGCUACAGGCAGACCUUGCAUUGAAGCAAAAGAAGAGCUGUCAAAUGGAAGUACCCUUUGUGUUCAUCACAAAAACAAAGUAACGCUCUUCCUCAAAAUUAUAAGCAGGUGCCUUCAGUUCGUUCUUAAAAUUUCCCAAAUUUUACACUCUCUGCAUUGAAUUUUUGAAUUUAUGUUUUCAAAUUGUAUAUUUGAAUGCUGUAUUGUAGAAUUGUUUCCUCUUAUUUAAACCCUCUAUUAAAGUUAAACAGUA